GUCAAUUGUAUGAGUCAUCUGGCAUAUUUCAAACUAGCAUACAGAAUUUUGUUACGUCUAUUAAUUAAGUGUUACUGCUUGUCAUUACAUUUGUGAAAGAGAACUAAAUGAAACAUGUAUUUCACCCCCUGGAUUUAAAUGUAUUCACUGAGAGAAAAGGAAUGGGGACAAGGAAGAAACUUGCAUUCAGAUCCAAGCUUCCUACCUAUCUCCUAAUCAGGACCAGUUACUCUAUCAUGACACACCAAUUUUGUUUAAUUACAAAAAUUGCCACAAGAUUAUUUCUGGAAGUAAUUUAUACAGCUGUCUGCCUACUGGUAAUGGUUAAGGAAUAACUUUCUACGUAGAUCUGAGAGUGAGGGUUGAAGUUGAUCUAGCCAGCAACACCUCUUAUAGUAAUCCACAAUUGAUUUUCUGUUUUUUUUAGAAGUUCAGUUAGCAGAAACAAAUCCCACAAAAGUUGUGAAUGAAGUACCGUAAGAGCCAUGAUUCAAUCACUACAUGUAGUAACACUAUCAACAUAACUGAAGUAAAAAGGUUACCUUCUGGUCUUCAGUAGAUCAUUUUGCUGUAUGAGUUCUGAAUAAAUCAAUCCUCAAUUUAAUCAUAAAACAACUGAUCUGAUUCUCAGUUCAUCUGAACAACACAGGUGACUAGAUUACAACUAUAAUUUCAUAGUAAUCUGACCAUUUUCUUUCUUGAGAUCACAUACUAAAAAAGAAAAAAAAAAAAGAAACAACCAACUAGCUGAAGAAUAUGUAGUCUAGCUCCCCUGCAGUGAAUAUGGACUCCUACAGCUCCAUCAGGUCUAGCUUGACCUUAAAUGGCUUCUGGGAUGGGGCACCCAUCAUCUACUUGCUCUAGCCUUUUUUUCCAGCUUGAAAAGACCAACCUCAGCAGUGCUGAGGACUGGCUCUUUGGAGGGGCUGUGUAUACCUGCUGCUCUCCAGAAGACUUAUUCUUUCUGUGGACCAAAGUGCACCCUGAGGCACACCUGAAGGACACACAGGUGCAUCUCCAACGGAGAUCUCCCCACCUCUCUCUCACUGAUGGCUCUUUCUUAACAGGGAAGGCUGGCUGCCUGGGCACUGCUUCUUAAAAAACAGAUAACAAAAAAAGUGGUAUAAAACCACUGAAAUGAAAACCUCUGUGAGGCUGGCCUCUGAGAGAGACAAAGCAUAAUGUUACCCUCAUCAAACCAAGGGGCUCUGAGCUUACAGGCGUAUGGAGCUCCCUGAACUCCCUCCUCGAUUUGGGACCGAGCGCUGAGGAGAACCGAGCCCUUGUGAGAGGCGCUGCCCGUCAGGCCGUCUCUGCCUCGGAGGAACGGACGGCGCCGGGCUCUUCGCUUCAGGACGCGUUUCCCGCCUUGCGGCGGUACCUGAGGAGCGCUGAGGGGCCGCCGGCCGCCGCCUGCUCCGCCCGAGCUCCGCCCGCCGCCUCCCCACCUCCCUCCCUCCCGUGUGCCGCCGGAGCCGAGGCGGCGGGCAGCCCCGCCACAGCGCGAUGAGCUCCGAGUGCAGCAGCUACCUCAACGCCGACAGGGUGCUGGUGAGCGGCUUCAGCUGCCCGCGGGUGGGAGGCGAUGCCCGCGCCCUGUACUGCUGCGGCUUCCAGGACGUCAAGUACUGCUGCGAUGACCCCCACAGCUUCUUCCCCUACGAGCACAGCUACAUGUGGUGGCUCAGCAUUGGAGCGCUUGUGGGCCUGUCAAUAGCAGCGGUGGUCCUGUUUGCUUUUAUCAUCACUGUGUGUGUUCUCUGUUAUUUGUUUAUCAGCACAAAGCCACGCAGUAAAUUGGAUACUGGUUUAAGCCUACAAAUGGCAGAUAGUGAAACUAGAGGAGGCUCUAUAUGUUAAAAAAAAAAAAAAGUGGUACUGGAUGAAUUCUACUAAUGCUGUAAGGAAAAAGGUACGGAACUGCAUCCUUCACAUGGCGGCUACCAAAACAAGCUGUUGACAGAACCAAGUGGCUUCAAGAGAUAUUUCCUCAGCCACAAGGAUAGACUGUCACCCACAAGAACCUCACCAACUUUUCCAGAGUUUUUUCCUGGCUGCUAUAAUUGCAGCUGAUAUCAAGAUGUCAAUCUGAGCUGA